AUGAGCUCUGAAGUAUUUGAGACGCCUGAGCCGGAGGAGUCAUUUGAGCCGUAUAGAGCUGUCAACACUUCCGCCCGUCAGUCACGCACUGGUGUUUGCGCUAAUCCGGAGGUUGAGGCCUACUUUCAUGACAAGAGCUUAAUCGAGCUGGACGAGCAGGCGAUGCCUGUAAAACAGGCAUUUGAAGUGUUCAUGGGCAAAGUUUACAAGCCGACGUUGUCAAAACUGACCGAAUACGAGUUUUCGGCUUCCAGAGACAGCAGCAAAACGAUACUGGAGUCCCCAUUGGCUCGUUUCAUGCGAUUGUCAUUGGAAAUAAAGGAACUAGAGGCAGAUUUGAUGCUUUUGGCGACAGACGCCGAGCAAAAGAAGCACAAGCUCAAUCUGUCUGCUCUUGAAAAGAACGCAGCUUGUCAGCCAUUUUUGCGCACUGGCACGGCUGGUGCUGAUGCGGCGUUGAGUCUUCAGAAAGAUCUGACGACUAAGUUUUUUCAGCAGAUCGACGCAUUCAAGAGGCAUCAACAAAAGCAGACGAACGUUCAUGCUUUUUCUGAAGGCGCGCCUAUCGUGUAUGAAAUUUACAGCAAUGGCGAGCUGAAUGCCGUUGACAGCGACGCAAAGACUCGAGUAUCUAAACUUGAGGCACGAAUUACGGCGUUAGAAAAAGCUAUUGGAAAUUAUCAGGGACAAGAGCUUCGACUAGACGGCUUGUGCUCACUCAGUGGUGCAACAAGCGUAGACUUGACCUCAACUGUUGCGCAACUCGAGCAACGUGUUGCGUUGAUGAGCGAAAAGAAUCUUGACGCAGUGAAGACACGCACUACAGCCCUUGUUCGCGAGCUUACACUUCUUACAAAACUGAAGCAGUCACCAAGUGUACAAGGGGCGUUGAACUCACGCGCGGGUCAAGUGCAGAUUCAAAAGAUACACGAUCAGCUAAGCAGUCUUGACACCGUAGCGGCCUCAGUGCCAGCUAUUGUAGACCGACUUAUUUCGCUUAAGUCAGUGCAUGAUGAGGUGCUGAAUGUGACAGCUCGUGUGGGCAAGAUAGAGCGGACUCAAGCCUCGUUGAUCGAGCUACUAGACUCAGACGCUGCAUUACUCGCCAAUGUGGAGGCGAGUUUGGCCGACAACGUGCAGAUUUUUCAAUCUAACAUUUUGCAACUUGACAAUCGCAUGGCUAAGUUGCUCGCCUUAUCAAGUGACCGCUAG